AGCUCGGAAAAACGGGAAAUGAAACGAGAGUGUCUUUUUAGCAAAGUUGACGAUAAAGGCUCCUCAUAUAUUUCCUUUUCUAUUAUCACGUACUUUCCUAAAUUGUAUCGCAUUAUACAACAUUAAUCAUAAAUAUGUUACAGUGGAAGUAUAUCCUUUUUUUACUUUCUAUUCUUCUUUACAAGUUAUUCACAAUUAACAUGUAUGUAUUUACUUCGACCGUAACAUGUACAUUCAAUAACGCUCAACAAGAUUGCUCGUCGUCGAUACAAGCUGUCUGAUAUCGAUCACGUUAAACAAAUCGAAGAUAAAAGAAGAUAAUUUUUUCAACCGAACAAUCGUUUUGUGUAGUUAAAAACCAAAAAUUACGAUUAAUUUGUCGAGAUAGAACAGACGCAAGAAGUGACGCGUUUGCAAAUAGAAGGGGGAGCAUCAACAGCUGUUCGUUGUUCGAUGUUUUCAAGACAGAUGAUAGCACGUGAGGCAUUCAAAUUUUCACAGUGACUGUUGUCUCUCGAAGCGAAGCCUAGUUCAUAUAAUCUCUGUAAAAGAAGAAACUUUUGUGAGAGCAUAUUUUGCGACCUUGUAUUCGGAAUGGCCCAGAAUAUAAAUCCAUUUUAUUCCUCUCAAAACACGCCGAGCAAAGCUACAGAAGAAAAACAGAACAAACCGAAAGAUAAUCAUGCAGUCAGUAAACGAAAUAAUUUCUUAUAGCCUACAAAAGGAACUUAUGGUCUUGAUGAUGAGUACAGAAAAAGGAGUGUCUGCUUUUCCAGAGAGUGAAAAUCUAUUCAAAUGGAUUGGAACUAUUACAGGACCUAAAGAUACAGUUUAUGCUGGCCUUACAUAUAAAUUGACCUUGGAAUUUCCACAUAGUUACCCAUACAGUGCACCAAUAGUACGAUUUGCCACUCCUUGUUUCCAUCCAAAUGUGGAUUCGGUUGGUAAUAUAUGUUUGGAUAUAUUGAAAGAUAAGUGGAGUGCUUUGUAUGAUGUUCGUACUAUAUUGUUAUCUAUACAGUCUCUACUUAGUGAACCCAACAACGAUAGUCCACUUAAUCCUUUGGCAGCAGAACUAUGGAGCGAUCAGACAAAAUAUAAAAAGCAUCUAACAGAAGAAUAUCACAAAGCUCUCAAACAUAAUCAAGAUUCAUGAUAAGCCCAUAAUUAUGAUCAUUCUGAACCUUUCAUUACUAUUAUUCCUAUCAGUGUUUUGAUUAUAACUAAGUAAAAUGUUGAGCAUUGUCUGCCUUAAAGACUCAUUUACAUUGACAUGGAAUCUUUAGAUUCAUAUUUCAUUAGUGUAAAGUGUAAUAUGGGAUCAACAUUACAUGCUUCGCUUUAUUGCAUUUGCCCUUACGUAAAUUGUUUUUGUUCUUACCAUGACUUUAAUUUUAUAGAAUCUCUGAUAUCAAGAUCAGGUAAGAGCAUCAAAGGCAUUUGCAAUUAUAUCAGAUUUUUUAUGAAAAGUAUUUAUUUAUUUUACAUUUAGUAAUAUAUGUUGGAUUUCAACAUCAUUACACUUCUCAUAUGUGACUAGUGCAUUUGAUAUAUAUCUUCAUUUCAUUUAUAGUCAUUGUACAAUUCCAAAAUAAAUAUUUUAAAAUGAUUGUA